AUGGCCAGCAGCAGCCCAGCCCCACCCUCGGCAGCCGGCACCCUCCUGGAGCCCAGCGAGCCCACCGACGACCGGCCCCUGCCUGUCCCUGCGGCCUGCGGCCCUUUCACCUCCUACAGCGCCGACAUUCUGACAGAGGAUGACAUCUACUGCAGCUGCCUGGCCAAGACCCUGUGCCACGUGCCCGUCCCGGUGACCGUGGGUUUCUACGCCCCCUUCGGCUGCCGUCUGCACAUGAUGCUGGACAAAAUCACCUUGUUCCUGCAGCCCCUUAUCACCGAGAUGCACCUGCGGCGCAAGAACGUGCAGUUCCUCUUCAUCCGCUUCAGCGCCUGGCAGUAUGCGGGCACGGACAAGCUGUGGGCCGGGCUGGUGACCACGCUGUGCGAGGGCAUCCGCCACCACUACGGCGCGCUGCCCUUCAGCGUGUACUCGGUGCUGAGCAACAAGCCGGGCACGUCGCCGGGUUUCUCCCAGCGCGAGUGGCACUGCCGGCUUCGCGUGUGCCUGGCGCUGGUGGCGCUGCUGGCGGCGCUGGGCCUCGGCGUGGGCCUGCUUUACCUGUCCCUGAACGGCCACGCGCUGGGCCACGCAGGCGCCAGCGGCAGCCUGCUCAAAGCGUUUGGGGGCGCGGCCACCACGCUGUCGGGCUCGGGGCUGCUAAUGGCCGUGUACUCGGUGGGCAAGCACUUGUUCGUGAGCCAGCGGAAGAAGAUCGAGCGGCUGGUGUCUCGCGAGAAGUUCGGCAGCCAGCUGGGCUUCAUGUGCGAGGUGAAGAAGGAGGUGGAGCUGCUCACAGACUUCUUGUGCUUCCUGGAGAUCUACCAGAGGCGGCGCCUGCGCGUCGUGCUCGAGGUCACCGGGCUGGACACGUGCUACCCGGAGCGCGUAGUCGGCGUGCUCAACGCCAUCAAUACGCUGCUGUCUGACAGCCACGCGCCCUUCAUCUUCAUCCUGGUCGUGGACCCCAGCAUCCUGGCUGCGUGCCUUGAGAACGCCGGCAGCAUGAAGGGCACGGCCGACAACGGCUACCUCUUUCUCAACCGCACGGUCACACUGCCCUUCUCAGUGCCCAUCAUGGGCCGCCGCACCAAGCUGCAGUUCCUGCACGACGCCGUGCUGAGCCGCGACGACCUGCUUUAUCGCGAGAUCACGCGCAAGCUUCGGCCGGCGGGCAGGAGCCGGGAGGAGGACGCUGAGGGCGCGAAGCUGUUGGCGGUAGAGAUGCAGGCGGGCGCCGAGGGCGGGCAGAGCCGCAUUGACGCCGAGGCGGCGCGCCGCAUCCAGGAGGCGCUCUUGUGCUUGCACGACGAGAGCGACUGCCUUUACGAGUACGUGCCCGACAACGUGGUGUCCAUGCGGCGCAUCGUCAACACCGUGCCCAUCACCGUGCGCCUGUUGCAGCAGCAGCAGCAGCAGGGAGACUUUGUGGGUCCCACGCCGCGCCAGGCCGUGGCUUGGGUCGUGCUCGCCAACCAGUGGCCAUGCCGCCUCAGCUGGGUGCUGCAGUGUCUGGAGGACCGGCAGCAGGUCGGGGGCGCGCCUGAAGGGGGCGCGCGUCUCUGGGACGUAUUCUACGACAACAGCCGGGAGCUCCACUCUAUGACCAAAGCAUUACAGAACGUGCUUGACCUGGACGGAGACCCAGAGCUCUUCAAACGCUUCCUGGACGCCGACUUCCCUUUCACCGUGGCGGAGGCGCAGAGCCUGCUACGCUGCACUGUCAACCUGGACCACUCCAUCCGCCGCCGUAUGGGUCUCAUCCGCGCGGUCAGCACGCUCAAGCCGCCCAGCCCGCCCACGUCCCCUGCCAGGGAUGCCUCCCACGCCACCGGCAGAGCCACCGCCACUGCUAGGGCAUCCCCCUCGGGCCAUGCCCACAGAGCCAAUAACACCUCCCGUUCAUCAGGCCACGAUGCAGGACACGCCUCCGUGCCUGCCAGCAACGCCCACCAACCCCGGGAGUGGGCCAAGGGGGACAAGCCACAGCCCCUGGCCUGA